AUGCUGCCCCUGUACAUCAUGCUGCUCCUGUUGCACCAUGCUACUCCUGUACAUCAUGCUUCUCCUGUACACCAUGCUGCCCCUGUACAUCAUGCUGCCCCUGUACACCAUGCUGCUCCUGUACAUCAUGCUGCCCCUGUACAUCAUGCUGCCCCUGUACAUCAUGCUGCCCCUGUACAUCAUGCUGCUCCUGUACAUCACGGAAAGGGAUAUGCUCCUGCUUACCCUGAUACGCCUCCACACUACGCCUUCGAGCACGCUGUCAACGACGACUACGCCGGCACCCACUUCGGCCACUCGGAGGCUCGCGACGGCUACAAGACGGAGGGCAAGUACUUCGUGCACCUCCCCGACGGCCGCGUCCAGACCGUCACUUACUACGCCGACGAGACUGGCUACCACCCCACCGUCUCGUACGAGGGGACGGCCCACUACGACGCCCACGCAGCCGUCCCUCACCACGCCCCAGCCAAGGCUUACCACGCCCCUGAACCAGUAUAUCACGCCCCUGAGCCAGCAUAUCACGCACCUGAGCCAGCAUAUCAUGCCCCAGUUCUACCCACGUAUCAUGCCUAA